AUUGAACUGUUGAUGUGGUGAAUCGUCACUUACAUCUCGUAAGUGCUGUUGAACUUGUGUUGUGUGUUUAUAACUGGACAUUCUAUGCCAGUAUUCGUGAAAGAUCUUUUUUAAAGCCUGGUAAAUUAAUUGAAUGAAUGAUCCUUUAGAUGAAUUUACGUGAUGGUGACCUUCAAUUCGUUUAUUGAUCACUUGAAUAAUUAUACCUUAUCUCGCUUGGAUUGAUUAUUGAACUUAGGGAAGAACAUCGGAGAAAUUCCAUCCACAAGUUUAGCUUCACAAGAUGGCAGUCGGUACUCGGACGCCGCUAUGGUACCUGCUCCUGAGCGUGGUACUAGGCAUGACGGUCGCAGUGUUCACCUUCCUAUCCCUCGACACUCUCACCGUGGCUCAGUAUCGACUGCUGGCUUCAUCGAUCAUUGGAGGCCCUGCGAGCAACGUAGAAGUUUUCCCAACGGAAGUGUCGCGAUGCUCUGAAGACGACGCAAUAGAAGCACACCUGCGCAAGAUAGAGGGGCAGCUGCGUCUGCUGCAGCAGGUAAAGGUGCUGGUCUGGGUGAUGACGCAGCCUGACAACCACCAGACAAAAGCUGUACACGUCCGCGACACGUGGGGCAAGAGGGUCGACAAGCUGCUCUUCAUGAGCACUCAGGAGGACCCUUCUCUUCCUACUGUUAAGCUGAACAUGACUGAAGGCAGGGAUUAUCUUUGGGGUAAAACCAAAGAAGCCUACAAGUACGUCUACCAGCAUUACAUCAAUGACUACGACUGGUUCAUGAAGGCAGAUGAUGACACAUUUGUGGUGAUGGAAAAUCUACGCUACAUGUUGAGCCUCUACGACCCGGAGAUUCCUAUUUAUUUUGGCAGCAGGUUUAAGAAGUUCAACCCCCAGGGUUACAUGAGCGGAGGGGGCGGCUACGUUCUCAGUCGCGCUGCCGUCAAAAAAUUCGUCGAAGAGGCACUCCCGGAUCCCAAAAAAUGCAAAGCAGAUCACACGGGAGCCGAAGACGCUGAAAUGGGCAUAUGCAUGACCAACGUGGGUGUGCUGGCUGGGGAUUCCAGAGACGAGCUUGGCAGAGGUCGCUUCUUCCCUUUCGUGCCGGCACAUCACCUCGUGUCUGGCUUCAUAGGCGAGAAGAGCUGGUACUGGGACUAUAUAUACUACCCGAUCAAAGUGGGUCCGGAAUGUUGUUCAGACACUGCUAUCACAUUCCAUUACAUCAGCCCAGAUAAGAUGAGGGAGUUGGAUUACUUCCUCUACCACCUCAGACCGUACGGGGUUGUGACUCAGGAACCUUUUCCACCCGCCCUCCCUCCGGACCUCAAAAGUGUCCCCAAACAGGUCAUCGAAAAAUUCGGCAACAGAACUUCAUGAGCCGUCCUGCUUUGGUCGUCGCUAGUCCUAUUGUUGUGAUAUUUAUAAUUAAAUUUUGAAGAGUGUUUUUAUUUAAUAAAUAAUUGA